UCUAUUUUUGUUUAUAAGAAGAAAAUGGGUUCAUUAGAAUAGUUGAAAGAAUUAAAUCGUCACAUUAUGUUCAACUGCUGAGUGAUUUAAUUUCAAGUUAACGAGGGGAUAAUGGACUUCGAAGUAAAUUGUUGGCGACAUCAAACUGUGAGCGCAUGCGCCGUAGCAGGUGUGUAAGACAAGCAAGAAGGUCCGAAGUGAAGGAGUACGGGAACGGGGAAUGAGACGUGGGAGAGCAGCAAGUGAAGCGAUAGGCAGCGUCUUGGUGGUACUGGGGUCUCACAGCGUGUACUUGCAGCAACAAGUGGCCAGCUGUAAAAGCGAGCUAGUGGUCGAGUGCGGAGUUUCACAAGAAUUAUAUCGGUGAGAAAUCGCGCGGUAUGCAUGGGGUCGUAUUAUAGCCCCAAGUGUGUAUACCCUUCGUUGGCUAACGAACGCUCGAUGCCGUUCGCGGGCCACCGAUGUGAACGGCCUUGAGGCCGCAAUCCGUUCCAGGAUAUCAGUGCUACCUCGAAGAUGCGCUGCUCUUACAGCAUCAAAAUUUUCCAAUCGGUGCUCGGAUACGAGUAACGACGCGUGCAGUGAUCCAUUGAAGUUGUGGCGGCGGCGGCUUCGGCAUGUCGUCGAACAAUGAGAAUCCGAGGACCAUGGCCUUGCAGCAGCAGACGAUACGAGAGACCCUCGACUUGGGGAAGGCAACCAAAUGGCGAGGGUAUGCCGUUUCCCAUCUUCAACACUAUCAGCAGCAACAACAACAACAACAGCAACAGGGCCGUAGGUGUGCAAGGUGCGGCGCCGCCUUUGGUAGGUUGUACAACACCGGCGCCUCCUGUCCACGGUGCAAGCAUCGAGUCUGUCGACAGUGUCGCGAACUCCGCAACUCCGCGAGCCCCGACUGGCUCUGUUCCUAUUGCCACAAGAUUUCGGAUUUUCGUUACGUGUCGGCUGAGUGGAGAAGCACAACCGGAAGGGACAAUUAUUUAUCGGCCUUUGACAUUUUAAAAUACAGCAUACGUCGUGCAUGGACAAUAAAUGGUCCACCGGCGCGUUGGCCAACGGAUCGCAAAUCGGCCGAGUUCCGACUAUACCGUAGUCUACCUAAUAGGCGUCGCCAUUAUCUCGAUGAGGAAAAUCGAAAGAAAAUCAAGAAGUCUCCUGCGGAGACUUUUUACAAGCAUCCAAGGUCUACCAUCAAAUUAUCUAAGCAGAUCGAUACGAAAAAGUCAAGUAUACCCAUCUUCCGUAGCAAAAGCUCGAAGGAAUUCGAGGAUAUACGUAAUUCUCACGAAUCGCCUAAACGAUCAUUAAUACCUCAGAGGUAUCGUAAUAGUACAGACGAUCUGCGUCGCAGUCGGGAAGAUAUUAAUAUUCCGAGUUUCAUACCAAAAUUGCUAUCAUCGCGAAAUAAAGAGGACAAGCUGAAGCGUCAGGAUAGCAAAGACGAUAUUCAACUUUUGGCUGUAGCAUCUAAAUUGCAACCUCAGCAGCAACAGCAAAAUAUGCAAGAAGCUAAACUCAUGCCAGUUUUUAAAUUUUUUCGUCGCAAUAACCGAGCAGAGACGGCGUGUCUCGAUGAAAGUAAUUUGAAUCUUGGCAGUGUCAUUGCACCACUAAGUAGGCAGUCGUGUAGUGAUAAAGCUCCACUACGGGAAUGUUCACAGGCAGGACAGGUAAACAUGUAUGAGAACGAAAUAAAGUCCCUUAAGAUGGCGAAUGAGUCGAGUUUUCGGGUGAAUGGAGAAAACUAUCAAAAUGCAGAUUUGGAGAGUGCCAAUGCUCGGGAUGUAACUGAUGAAGCACCGCAGGCUUCUAUCGUUGAUGAUUUUUCUGAGCCAAGUGAAACUAAUGUGGACAAUAAGAGUCUAGGUUCCACUAAAGAGAUCGUUCAGGAUAUUAAUUAUUGUAUCAAAGAGGCGGAUAAACAAAGAUUAUCGGACUCGGCCGUUGGCAAAAAAAUCGACGAACCUGUUAUAAAGAAUAAAUUUUCCAAAGAAGAAUUUUCCAAUGAAGACAUAGAUGAUACACAAAAUCGACGAUAUUCAAUCUACCUUUCUCCUGAAGCAAGUCCAUUGAGUACCAGAUCGUCAAAGUAUAGCCCCCGAGAAAGCGAGAGUGAACCAACGCCAGCUUUGCCUCGUAAGACUGCCAGUGAAAAAGGAGAAUCAAGUUUGGCAUCUCAGAGAAUCCGCGAUGCUAUAACUCGAACUCGUAGAGAAUCAAACAGUAGUGCCAAAUAUGAAAGUAGCGGUAGUGAAGGUGUCAGAUUAAGCGAACCUGGAUUAUCAAACUAUGUGGAUAUUGCCAGGCGCGUGAAAUUGUUUGGAAGAGGUGGCAUUGUGCCCUCGACCAGCAGUUGCGACGAGGUAUUCCAGCGUGACAGUGCUACGAGCGCAGGAGAAGAUGACCAUGAUGAGCAUUCGCAUGAUCCCACUCGAAUUGGCCCAGUCUCCCAAAAUAGGGUCAUAUUACGGCGGCGGAGACAGUUCGAUACUCAAGGACAACGGCGCCGAGGCAAGUCUCAUGUACGUAGCUGCUGCGGUCCGGAGAAUCUUCAAGCAUUGCAAGUGGUUGGAUGCAGUAAACUCGGGCCUCCGGGUGUGGGCCGUGGCGAAGAGGAUCCCGGAGGCUCGGGACUUUUUGACUAUCGACGUCUCGUCUUUAUCAGUUCGGAUUCUUCCUCGGGUCGUGAGGAAGACGAUGCUGACAGCAGCUGUUCAGGCUCCUCUUAUUUGAAUGGUCAACCUCUAGCAAAUCAGCAGCCCGGCGGCCUUGAGGAUUGUGACUGGGAUUACUUUGAGAGUAAUUCCUUGAAGUUGCCUUCCCAGUUGCCGAGUUUUUCGGCCCAUUACGCUCAAGCACAGCUCGCUUCCUUGGAUUGGAGUUGCUGCUUGGCUAGACCUGUGUCUGCGAGGGCCUCCUCCUUCACCUGCUGUCAGACUUGCGGUAGCUCGAAGAACGCAAAAGUACUACCAGUUCCAGUACCAAUCCCGGUACCAGUACCUUAUCCAGUACCAAUACCAGCUUCUCUCUGGGCGACCGAUUUCGCUGGGUUGGAGCGGGCUAGAGCUGCGGCUACCAGCUCUAUGAUAAGUCAAGAAACGAGACUUGAGCCAUUGCUACCGCUUAGCCUUCGAGGUUGUGAGCCCUCUGACACCGCUUGGUUUUCCUGGAACCCGAGUUUCGACCCUUCAAGUCUUCUUUGUACUCAAGAUAAUAUCUUCUCCAAAGAGCUUUCGCCUUUAACAGAGACAAUUCUUCACCAAGAAAAGCAAGAGGAGGAUAUCGAUAUCGAAUUUGAAAAGCAAGAGAACGUUGAAUGUAAUCAAGAAGUUGAGAAAGAAAGAACGAAGCAAACAAAUAUUUCUGCGAUUGAGAACGACAGCAAGAAAAAGGAGGAGGAACAGCAGGAGAAACAAGAGCAGGACCAGAAGCGGGAAAAGGAACAAGAACAAGAAAAAGAACAACAUCAGCAGCAGUCAGUACAACAGCAAUCGAGGAUGUUUCGACAUUCUCAGGAACAAAAUUCUCGAAGUUCAUCUGGACGUUCUUCAGCCGAUAGUAGUGAUCUGGAAGACUCGGCUUCUCAUCGUUUUACUCGCGUUCUCAUAGUCAAUGAUGACUCUCUUACCAGUGAUAAUGACAUUGAAGACAACGAAGACUCGGACUCAACUCGUGACGAUUGCAAUAAAAUUGUGUAUAAAGGGGUGGAUCAAGAGCCCGUUGUGUUAAGACACAUUCGUCUUCUUGACGAGGACAUAGACCUUGAUUCCAACAAAUCGGACAAGUCUUGCCAACUCGAAGAAGACAAUGACGAUGACGAGUGCAAUAAGACAAAAAAUUGCUACUGGAUCAACGGACAAGAUCAUGAGCGUGAGAUUGCCGGAUAUAACGAGAUCUACUUAGCCGGCAUCCAAGAACAUUCAGAUAAUCAUGUACUUCUCAAGUCUGUAAAAUCUAUUGAUCCGGAUAGUAAUCUAAAAGGUGAUCUGAAGCCCUUUCUCAGUCGUGAAAAGUCGAUAGAUUUGCAACAGGAACCCGAGGAUAAUGAGGAAAGGGAAGAGAAGGAGGAGGAGAUUGCUGAUGAAGAUGAAAACGAAAAUGAAGAUGAAUUGAGCUUGGAAAAUUUAUCAAAUGACUCGGCGGUAAUGCCUGACUCUUUAGAGGUAAGCAUACAGGAGCUCGAGGAUAGCAUUGAAAUUGCCGGCUCUUUUACCUACGAUAUCGGCCGAGCGUUGCUCGCUGCUUCAAGUCCACUUGACGAGAAGGGGUCACCAGGGAAGGGGGACAAAGCGACGGCAGAAAAGGCGGUGCUGCAAGAGAAGGGGCAGGAGAACUGCAAUCCAAGCAGUGCGAGUCCCAGUUUAAGCGAGAGUGGCGGCAGUAGCGAGAGUAGCGUGAGCGCUGCCGGUUGUGUUAUCAAUAGCAGCUGUAAGCUGCACGAGUACGUAGUGGUUACGCGGUCUCAACAGAAAUACGAAGAAGUCAACCUUUCGGAUAGUGUGGCCUUGAUGGCGAAAUCGCGAAAAAAAUGGCAGAUCCCUGCGAGUUUCGAUAUCAAAGGUAUGCCCUGCGCUCAUUUUAUGCCUCCGGAGCGUCGUAAAAACUCAUCACAUUCCUCAUUGAAUCCGCUAUUGAGCGCGACAACGGAUUCUGAUGAGUUGCAACCAGAGGAUGAGGAGAACGCAAAUGAGCUGGGCCUAGGGCGUUUGUGCGAUCAAAAGGAUGAGUGUUUCGCUGAAUGCAUGACGAAAAACGUCGCUGCGCAUGACGAAAGCAGCGACGGUGGCGGCGGCAACCACUCGGUGAGAGGUGAGCGUAGGCUACUUAAACAGGUGGGAGGAGGUACCGAGGAUCCGCGAUAUCGCGUAGUCGAAUGGCGCACGCCCACUCCAAGGGAAGAGAGCUCCGACAAAGAUGACACUUUAAUGCCCCCCGCGCCCGUGUGCCGCCGCGAUUGGAUUGCCUCUAAUAUUAAUUUUGGAUUAGAACACUUCAAUUACGAAAAUAAUAACAGUAAUGUCAACAGCAACCAUAAUAAUAAGAGCUAUAAUAAGAACAAUAACAAUAACGAAGAGAAAGAGGAAGUUGUCGAGGAGGAGAGGGAAGAGGGGGAAGAGGAAGAGGAAGAGGUAGAGGUAGAGAAAGACGAUAAUGACAGCAGCAGUAGUGGCAUCAAUAGUAACGCCAUUAAUCAAGUUAACAAGUACAAGAGUCUCGUUAUGAUAACUCAAGGUGCCUAUCAGCCAGUAAAUGUUAUAACCUCCGACACAACGACCCUUCUUCAGCCCCAAUUCGAGCAAACUGGAUACUUUCAGAUGGCACUUGAGUCCGGCCAGGAAGUGAUUCGGAGGAAUGUCAGUCUCGGGUUUAUUAAAAAACCACUACCAUGUAAGCGUUUGUUUUCGAAUCCUGAGACUGAAGUGGAUAGUGGAUUAAGCGUAGGAAGUGCAAGUGAGAGUGACGAUGUGCAGUCCGUUAAAAAUACUUGCAAGCAUACAAUGAAAAAUUCUGGACACUUACCUACUCGAGAUGAGGAAUUGACGAUAUCGUCGCUUUCUUCGUCAAUAUCUCAUGACUGUGGGCUUUAUGAAAUACCUAAACGCGCCGGGCCUCUCAUUCUCGAGGAAGGCUUGGCUGAUGACGACUCGUGGGUAGAGGAGAUUUCUCAUGAUGAGGAUGAACAAAGCGCAACGACCGCUACCGAAGAAAGCUCUGAAGAUGAAGCUGCGAACAAUCUUGGUGAUCGUGAAGAAGAACUUCGCGGUUAUCAUCGUCAAGCGAUCGAUUUUACUUUACAUACGAUUGUUGAGGAAUCAUGCGAAGAGAGCGAAGGCGAACAUACAAAUGCUAGCUGGAGGCGAAGGCUGGCCUCCGCCUCAGCAUCUGAACUCGAUAAAUAUUUGUUCUUUGGAAUCGGGGUCGACGCUACGGCUAACAGCCUCCGUGAAGUCGACAGUUUGUCCGAAAGUUCGUCCAUCUUCUCCGAAGGUUUAGAUUCAUUGACACGGGAAGACCCUACUCAGAUUGUGAGUCAUGAAAAAUGUAACGCCGAUUUCCCCCCUGGUUCUUUGAGACUCGAAAAAUAUUUCCUUGGUGAGUUUCUCGGCCUUGAACAAGAUAGGAGAGACUCAGAUGGGUCUGUCGGUAGCGAUUCUGAAGGACGACCAAGCCCCGAGGCCCAACGUAGAAAGCGAUUAGUACGUGCUCGUGGUACCGGCAGAUCGCACAGUUCUUCUCUGGACAAUCUUCUUGCGCUCGCGCAUAACUCACAAAAUACUCUACAGGAUGCUAGUCCAACCGUAGAAGGUCAAGAAUCCCAAUCAGAGGGCUCCUCAACAGAGACGGAUGGUAUCGAGGACAAUCCUACCCCGGCUUUCGGAACAGAUGGUCAGUUCGAUACCGUUAAACGUAAGAAAAAGAAGCCCAGAAAUCCCGGUGCGCAGAGUCCACGCGUUAGCGAAGAUCGAAAUAAAACUCCGGAGCCUAGGGAUGCACUGGAUGAAGAUCCCGAUGCGAAUGCCAACUCGGAAGAGGAGGGUACAAAAACACCUCAGCCAGAGAUCGAAAGUAACCAGGGUUUGCAGGAUGAUGUGAGUGCCACUAAAUCUAAACAACAGUCCAGAGAUUCGGGAUUCGUUGGAAGCUGCGAUGAUCUCUUACUACAACCGCCACGGCAUAGUGCUAAUGAUGUCCAAACUGUCAUAAAUGGAUUAACAACUGUUGGCGAUCAGCCUUCUGGUCAAGAUCAUCAGAAUCGUCAAAAAGAAUCAAACGUGCAAGGUCGGAUUUUCGAUAGCCAGCGAUUACGCGACAGGUUAAGCAAAAUGGAUGUACAGCUAGAGCCUGCGGCCCCGAACGCUUCUCUUUCGCGCAAGGACAGUUUUAACAACUGGUCAAGUGACGAGGAAACGAAUUUGAUGAUGUCAAAAAUGCGUCAAUUCUUUAAAACGAUGGUAGCUAAUUCGAACGGGUCUAGUCAGACGUGUGGCACUACAUCCAGUACGGCUUCGGCUGCGCCCACUCCUAGUCCGCGGCUUUCCGGGUACUCAAAGAUGCGUGGCUAUAUGCAAGCCCAGAAUCGGACCAAGCCACCGCAAUUGGUGUAUUUUGAAAACGAGCUGACGCGCCUAAUGAAGACAGUGCCAGGUAUCCGGGAUGAACAAGUACGUGAGAUCGUGGAAUACUUGAGUUCCGAAGAUACUUGGUCAGAUUCGUAUGACAGUUCGGAUUAUACAAGCUCGGAUCUCGAGGGUGCAACUGCCGGUGGUAAGCGAUCCGCUAUUCAAGAACAAAUCUCCCAAAGCUGCCAGCAGAUAAUAAAUAAGUUUGACACGAACGGAACGGUUGGCCGAAAUGAAAGUCGUGGAUCUGGAGAGUGUAGAGAGACUCCGGCUAGGUCUGUAUCUCAGCAGAGUUGCCUAGGUCGAGAUACUGCUUUCGUUUACCAGAAGCUUGUUCAAAGCUUUACGAAAAUGGCCGGGGACAAUGUAGCCAGUGAUACCAGCUCUACACCUCACAGCAGUCCACCUCUUAUCGCCAAAGUAAUGCACCAUAUCGGGAGUCGUCUGGUUGCCUUGAUGCACGAAGUAUCUGAGAGUAACUCUACGGCUGGACAAUAUUCGCACAGCAAUUGCAGUUGGAGACGAUACCCCCAUAAUCGAACGCCAUCGUCUGCUUCUACAACCGAGGACGACGAUUCGACUUCAGAUUCUGCUAGCGCACCCACGUACUUGCCGCGGUCAAAAUCACACGAUCCUCUGCUGUUAAUAAAUGGUCAUGCGGGUGCGACGAGUAUGCCCCCGGAGUCUGAGGAGCGUGAAGCCAGCGAUUACGAGCGAUUUUCCUGGCGUGGCAGCUUCGAGUCCGCUCUUAUGGCCGCUGAUUCGCGUACGAAGCUUAGCCUUCUUGCCUGCUCAGGAGAUGUUGGAACUAGUACAAUGGCGGCUAAGAGACGCAGUGCCGGCGACCUACUCUUCAACCCUAAGAGCUUUUCCAGAGAACAGCUUGAUAGAGUUAGGAGCUGUGGUUCUAUUGGGGGCAAUGUGAGCACAGGUACUGGUGUUAUCUGUGGCGGUUCCAUUGAAGAGAAGAUCUGGAGUAACCGCAGGAGGUCCUCCGUACCAGACGCCAAUACCAGGGGCGAGUCUGGUGCGUCGGCUGGAGAUGAGGAUACCGAGGAUGAUGAGAACGAUGAAGGGCUAGAAUAUGGUAUUCAGGGUGAUUCGCGCGCUACGACCCUUCCCCGAGGUAUGCAGAUGGCGGGUGGAGUAGCGGCUGCGAGUGCUACCAACUCUCUACCAAGACAGAGCGGCUCCUCUGUGAGUAUGCACAAGGCCCACAGCGUCUACCACUUUCUACCACAGCACAAUGUGGUCAAAUCUGCACGCUACCGACCACCCGGUUUUACUAGAAAUAGCUCGGCUGCCCUCGGUGGCCCCAAACGGGCCUUGAGUGCUCCAGGACUCCAGCUUCAAGCGAGGUCUAGACGCCAGCAGAGUAUUGCCCAUGCAUCGGGCACUACCAACAUUUCUUGCAGCGUCCCUACUUCUGCCGAUGAAGUGAGCAGCUUAUCAGAGGCAUGCAGUACUCCCAUCAUUGGAGCGAGCUCUCGGAUAGGAUCGAGUCAUACGAAUAUCGAUAUGGAAGACAUUGAGCGCAGUCUUCAUACGACUCAUCUUGUGACCAGAUCUUCUCUUUCCAGUCUCGGGGCUCGCUCGGACUCCAUGGCGUCCGUGUAUAGCGGGGCUGGCGAGGGUCGGUGGUGUGGCUCCGUUGCCGUCAAAGGAGAGGUUGAAUUUUCGCUUCAAUAUGAUUACAAGCAACUGACAUUCGAGGUGCAUGUCACACAAUGUAAGGACUUGGCGCCUGUUGACGUUAAACGCAAUAGAUCUGAUCCCUAUGUGAAGGUUUAUCUGCUUCCUGAUAAAUCUAAGAGUGGAAAACGAAAAACGAAAGUCAAGAAACAUACUUUGAAUCCCAUCUUUGAUGAAACUCUCAAGUUUCACACGAGCAUAAAUAGUCUUGAGUCGCGAACAUUGUGGUUAACGGUAUGGCAUUCGGAUAUGUUUGGUCGUAACGAUUUUCUCGGCGAAGUCCGAAUGCCCUUAGAAAAUAAGAUAUUCGAUGAUCCACGACCGCAGUGGUAUUCACUUCAAGAGAGAACUGAGCCCUUUGAUGACCCAGUUGCUUAUAAGGGGGAAGUCAUUGUCGGCCUUAAGUUCGUACCACCCGAUCCAACGCGACAGGAUCGAGAGCGUGAUGUGAGUGAACAGCGUUCCAAUAAACUUAAAAAGAGUUGGAGCAAGGGAUCUCUUCAUGUCCUUGUUAAAGAGGCAAGGAACCUUCAAACCCGAGCCAAGAACUCUGGUACUUGUGAUCCAUUCUGCAAAAGCUAUCUUUUGCCAGAUAAGGGUCGCUCUGGCAAACAAAAAACAGGUGUAGUUCGUCGAUCAGUUGGAUCACCUGUUUGGAAUCACACUUUCAUAUAUAAAGAUGUUAGUCUUCAAGAACUUGCAGAUCGUGGUCUUGAGCUCACAGUUUGGGAUCACGAUCGGAUAGCAAGUAAUGAGUUUCUUGGAGGUGUUCGAUUUAAUCUCGGCUCUGGUAAAUAUUAUGGCAAAGCAGUAGAUUGGAUGGAUGCAACUGGUCGAGAAAUGUCAUUAUGGCAGAAUAUGUUAGAGCGUCCAAAUUUUUGGGUGGAAGGAGCUGUAACAUUGAGACCCAAUUUACAUAAUCACGGCAAAACUGGUACUUCAUAGAACAUUUUAAACAUUGUGUCUUAAAAACAAACUGUACCUAAACAAGUAAAAAGUGCCUUGAAGACGUAUUGUUGUAAUACGAAGUAAUAUUUUAAUUUUUUAUUUCAAAACAUCGAUAUUUAUAUCAUUCAACGAC